ACAACCCCCCCAAACCUGGAUGUGUAAUUCUCCACUACAUCACUAGUGCGCGCGCGAAUCGUAAUCGGAGGGACCUCGCUGCACCCUAAUCACUGAUACCGCUGCGUUCCCCAACGGGGGGGUUGUCAGAAUCAGUGCUGCGCUACUGCAAGCAACGAGUGACAGUUCACGACGAAGCUUCCCCGAGAUAAGGUAGUCCACGCGAUUCGUCGCAGCUACUUCAUUCCAUCACCUGACGGUGAAAUCAAAUUAGUUGCAGCUGAAGUUUGGUACGGUUCGGUUCGGGUUUUCGGAAGUUUGUGGAAUGCCCGCGAUCGGCGUCCGCCCGGGGGUGUGUGAUUAGGAGAAAUUUGGUGCACUUUUCCACACUACUAGCCCAAGCUCUACGAAGAUUGUUGUGUGUGUUGUGACGGGAGAGGAAAAUUAAGAGGAAAAAAAAAAGGCUUUAAGCGAAAAAGAAGUGAUGGAGAUGAAGCUUUUCCACCAAAGUGGUGGCGACGACGACCUGUGAAAAGGAAAGGAAAAUUUAUCGGUCUCGGAAGAAACCGAAAAGGAAGAAACGGCCGCAGCAGGGUCGAUUUGUGGUUGUACGUAAUGGAGCGUUGGCUGCGCGCGUGAAAGAGUGUUGCGCGUUGCAUCCUCUGAAAAGUGUUUUGUGCAUUUCGCGGACAUCGAACGCACGCGAAAGUGGUUUUUUCAAGAAACCAGUUUGUGGGAAGGCUUUCGCACACAGCAACAAUAAUGUGCACGUUGAACAUUAACGCACCAAACACGGUUGAAAAGAGUGAAAACAGUCACGUUGUGGGAGAGUGGCACGUGGUGCAGAAGUAGCGGCACAACAAAUCAUUGGCGGCAGUGUUUUUUUUGGGUGAAGGCAAAUGUGCAGAAAAGAGCCUAUAAAAGACGGUUUGGGCGCUAAGAUAUUGUGCGAAAACUGAGCAGAACAUCGCGCUAUGAGACUCUACAUCUGUGGAGUUCCCGGUGCCGGAACGUCGACGACGGCCGGGGGCGGCGGCGGUGGUGGUGGCGGAGGCGGCGGUGGCACCACCCGGGGCGGCGGCAGCAGCAUGUACUCCGCACGCCACUCGGUCAGUUCGUCGUCCGGCGUCCUGAUGGUCGGCCCGAACUUUCGCGUCGGCAAGAAGAUCGGCUGCGGCAACUUUGGCGAGCUGAGGCUGGGGAAGAACCUCUACAACAAUGAACACGUAGCAAUAAAAAUGGAGCCAAUGAAAUCAAAAGCACCACAACUGCACUUAGAGUAUAGGUUUUACAAAUUGUUAGGAUCACAUGAUACACAGUCUCCUCCCGAGGGGAUCCCCCGUGUGUAUCACCUAGGUACGUGUGGUGGCCGUUACAAUGCAAUGGUACUAGAACUGUUGGGACCAUCGUUAGAAGACCUUUUUACGUUAUGUGGAAGGAAAUUCUCACUCAAGACUGUACUGAUGAUAGCUAAGCAACUACUCCACAGGAUCGAGUAUGUGCAUAGUCGUCAUUUAAUUUAUAGAGAUGUAAAACCAGAAAAUUUUCUAAUCGGUAGAAGUUCAAAUAAACGUGAUAAAAUUAUACAUAUAAUAGAUUUUGGUCUCGCCAAAGAGUAUAUUGACUUAGAUACGAAUAAACACAUACCAUAUCGAGAGCAUAAGUCGCUGACGGGCACGGCGCGGUACAUGUCGAUCAACACGCAUAUGGGCAAGGAGCAGUCCCGGCGCGACGACCUGGAGGCGCUCGGUCACAUGUUUAUGUAUUUCUUAAGAGGUUCACUGCCAUGGCAAGGUCUGAAAGCCGACACACUCAAAGAGCGAUACCAAAAAAUUGGUGACACGAAGCGGGCGACACCGAUCGAUGUACUGUGCGAAGGACACCCGGAGGAAUUUGCGAAAUACCUGCGCUACGUGCGGCGGCUAGACUUUUUUGAAACACCUGAUUACGACCACUUACGGAGAUUAUUUCAAGAUUUGUUCUAUUUUAAGGGUUACGUAGACGACGGUGAAUUCGACUGGACCGGAAAGACGAUGUCAACACCCGUUGGAUCGUUGCAGACCGGCCACGAAGUAGUUGUAUCACCAAACAGAGAAAGACACACACCUGUAAAUAAGCAGCAGACGAAUUCGAAGGGAGGUGUCGCCGCUUGGCCGGACGUGCCCAAACAGACUGGAACACUGGGCAACCUAACGCCGGCCGACCGACAUGGUUCAGUUCAGGUCGUAAGUUCAACCAACGGAGAACUGAAUGCCGAUGAUCCAACCGCCGGGCAUUCAAACACACCCAUCACGCAGCAGCCGGAAGUGGAACUGGUCGACGAAACAAAAUGUUGUUGUUUCUUUAAACGAAAGAAGAAGAAAUCGACCCGUCAGAAAUGACUAGAAGCAGUGCAAUGUAGUCCGGAACGUGAGGCUGUCAAGCUGCUACGUGCAACGUCACACUCCAACUCGCGCGACAGCGUGCUGAAUCCGAGUCAGGAUUACAUCCAGGCGUCGUCGCAGCAUACGAUCAGAUAUCCAUCCACCUCUGUACUGGCAACGACACCGAACGCCACCACGCCGACACUUCCAUUGUAAUUUAUUGCUAACUAUUAUUACACUAAUCCAGAUUAUUAAUUAAUUAAUUAUUAAAUUAUUUAUUAUAAUUUACCGCGCGGUGUUACAUCCCAAUCUACACAAAACAAACAAACAAACAAAAAAAUGUAUCAAACGAUCAAUACAAAUGCCGUGGUUUGGGGUGAAAAAAUGCGCCUUCCCGCAAAAUCUUCGCGACCCCACAUGCAAACAAAAAAUACGCUCUUUUGUCGCGUACCCCGGUUCUGCCCGUGCCACACCCAACCCAACCUCACACACGAAACAAAUCGCGUUGCCCGGAACAUCGUCGCCGCCGCCGCCGCCGUCGUCUUCAUCUCGUCGUCGUCGUCGUCGUUGUGUUGUUGUUGUGCGUCCAAAAUGUGCCACAAAUUACCCAAAAUCUAAUUCGAUUUCAACCGACCACCAAAAACACACGCACACACAACCCGCCACCUCCACCACCCAUCCUACCAACCAACCAAUCAACCAAAUCGAUGAGUAGUGACUUUGAUGAUGACAUCGAUUUCGAUCCUGAUGACCUUACGAUCCUGUUACACUUUUUCCGCAAGCUCUGAGACCGACUUCAAAACCUUCAUCCUGCUGACGAACCCACAACCUGUCUUUGAGAGAGAUAAGAAAAUGCCUUUCAGUAGUAGCUCUAGUACUCCACACCGACACAACACAAAUAUCAUCACUCUCAGCGAAUUUACUAGCAACUUCUACAACAAAUCUACUACUACCACCACUCGAACCACUGCUACAAAGUACAACAACUUACCACGAGCUAACCCUUCCUUUGUACCAACAACACACAUCAAAACACACACACACACCUUCUGAGAUACUGUUUUUUCCUUCUAGUACUACAAAGAUGUAGCAAAAAAAAAAAAAAAUAGUUUAAUAAAAAAAAGUCUACCAAUCCUCUCCUGAUUUCAGCAGCUUCUGCACCCUUCUUCCCUCUUUCUAUCUCCUGUGCAGAAACAUAGAUUAGCUUAGCGACCCCCGAUGGUUACAAUUACAGGGACUUUUACUGAAACAGAAAAAAAAAACAUAAUCACUUAGCUCCGCCUUCCUUUGAUUCAUGUGUGCUUACUCUCUACUCUCUUACCACACACUACCACCAACGGCGCUUCUUUGACUGAUUGUAGCAGGAAUCGAAAAGUCUCCACUCCAUCUUCCAAUUGGAAUGAUUUUUUUUGCUCGCAAAAUUACUCUCAAACUUUGCCGUAAAAAUUGUCGCGUGGUUUCGCUCAAAACCUGUCGUGCGGUACUAGGUUUCGGCUCAACGCAGUACUAGAACAUCCGACGCGUGGGGAGAGGAGCAAAAAGAAUUAAAAAAUGCAUUUACUUUGGGCGCGGCGUCGGCAAAUAAAAGGGGGGCGUGGUAUUCUAGUACUGCACACUCAGCGCGUUCGUAAGCCACGCCUACUGCGUAGCGGGCGCGUUCGCGAAAUUCACGUGUGUGUGAUUGUGUAACACGGUGUGCGUAAAUCGAAACCACAUACACACGCAGCAGCAGCAGCAACAGUCAACAAGUCAUUUUUUUUUUCGUUGUGCGUAACAGUAAAGAAUAAGUUAGAAAACAAAAAAAACAAACACGUUUGGCUACAAACUGCAACCACACGGAAACUUUGUAGAGGGUUGAAAAAGAACGAAUGCGAUGAAUAGUUGGAAAACAAAAAAAAAAACUACAAACACACACACACACACAAUGAACAUAUGAGAAUGAACAAAAGUGGAAGCGCUAUUUUCUGAACGGCAGCCCAUUGUUUUCUGUUUUUAAGUUUCGUUUGAAUGUUAUGUUCGAUGCGAUGUGAACAAAAAGAUUUAAAGCAAACACUAGUUAUCGUUUUCUUUUUCGGUUUUUUCCCUUCUUUUCACAAAGAACGUAGUACUAGUUUAUCGACGGAGCAGUAAUAGAGGUGUGUACGGAGAAAGUGAUCAACUGUCAGGCGGAUGGAGGAGGAGGAGUAGUAGUAGUAGACGCGAACACAAACAAACGCGCGCACGCGUGUUUGAGCUGAUUAUUUGUUUUUAAGUGAGCGUGCGUUCGUCUCGGCGAAAUGUCAUGUUGUUUGCAGAGAGAAUGUGAAAGAUGGAGAGAAACUAGUUAGAAGAAGAAAGAGAGAAAGCGGGCGAAAAACACUCUGUUGAUUUUUUUUCUUUUUUUUUCGUUCUUUUUCGUUUAAUCUAAUUGUGAUAUACAUAGUUUCUUUUGUAUAGUGUAUAUUUUUACUGCGUAUCUGAUAAGUGUAUUUAAGUCAGCAAAAACAACUACUAGACUAGCGAAAACAGAAGUGAAAGAAAAUAAGCGUUUAAGAGAUAGAGCGGAGAAUGCAAGAUGAAACAUAGAAGAAGCAGAAGAAGAAGAAAAUAACAAUUGAGAAAUGUGAAAAUAAUAAAAACGACUGUAGUAGCUAAUUAUUAUA